AUGGCAACUUGUUCUAUUCCUCCAAAGCAAGCAAAAUGUGAUAGCAAAAUGGAGCCAAAUUGGCUUGAACUUCCUAUAGACAUCACAUCAAACAUACUCCAGAGGCUUAGCACCACAGAAAUUGUGACAAUUGCAUGCCAUCUUUGUCCUCUGUGGUGGAAAAUAUGCAAAGAUCCUCUCAUGUGGCGCACCGUUCACAUAACCAAUCCAAGGAAUGCAACCUACAAUCACGAAGAAAAGCAAAAGAUUUGUCACUUUGCUGUUAAACGAAGUUGUGGUCAUCUAGAAGAUAUUAAUAUUGCAUACUUUGCCACCGAUGAUCUCCUUGAUUCCAUAGCAGAGAAUGCCAAUAUAAGAUGCUUGAGGCUUGUAAGGUGUCUGAAUAUUUCAAAUAAAGGAUUCAGUGAAGCUGUGAGGAAACUUCCACGGUUAGAGGAGCUGGACAUUUCAUACUCCAACCUAUCGAAUUCUCUCGAUGUUAUUGGCCGUUCUUGCCCACUUUUAAAAUCCUUCAAAUUUGCAGGAGGGUUUGAAUUCCAGCGUCAUUUUUCUGCUGAAGUUAGUUUUGUUAUUGCUAAAACAAUGAAAGAACUACGUCAUCUUGAUAUUCAAGGAAGUAAGCUCUCUAACGAUGGAUUGCUUUCAAUUCUAGACAAGUGUCGUCUUCUUGAAUCUCUCAACAUACGAGGUUGUUCUAAUAUUGAUUUCACUGGAAGUUUGCGGAAAAGAUGCAUUGAGCAGAUCAGAUCUGUUCAGUCGCCGCGGUUUAAUGAUGAAGACUACACUUCUGAAGAUAAUGAUUCCGAUUUUGAUGUUUUAUUUGUAGAUUCAGAUGAAGAUGGUUAUUGA